AUGGGCAGGAGGGUGGCUGACCCCGCUAAUCCAGUGCCUGCACUGGGGGUGCCCCUGGCAGGGGGGCGAUGGGGCCCGUUGUGCAAUGUUGGGGUGCAAACCUCCCCGGGACUCCGGACACUCCCCUCCAUCAAACGACACAGCAGCCAGCCAACCAGCACACCAUGUCAGCUCACCAAGGAAACAGACAAAACUAUGACAGCAGACACCGAGGGAGUUAUCAAGUGUGAUAGCAGCAGCAAUUUUCCCAUGUCCAAGGAGAAAUCUCAGAAUGAGAUCAACAGCCUGACACAGGACGAUAUGGGGUCACAAGGAUCAGGGAGCGGGAUUUACUGCCAGAUCAAAACUAUACAGACCAAUUCCAAGGAGACUAGAGGUAAAAGGGCAGCUCGUUACACCAACGGUAGUGUGGUGGCCCCCGAAGUGGUGGGAGGGGUUGUCAGUGAGACAUCGGCUGAGCGGAACGAGCCGGUCCGAGAGAGGAGGAGAGUCCAGUCUCUAAGAGGGGAGGGCCAUCGUUCAGCAUUAAAGACAGGGAAUACAUUCACAACUGUGCACGCAACCCCACCUCGCCCCUGUCGAAUGAUGACAACGUCCUCCCCCCGCCUCUGUGGGACAUGUGGCAGGAGGCAAUCACAAAUACCUCCAUGCACAGGGGCCUGCCGAAAGCGACUGGCCAGUCAAAUAACAGCCAGUCAGACUCUACCGAAUCCUGCUCGGAAACACGCUCAGUGUAAUGGGGCGCCGGGAGGCUUGUUAAGAGGACAUACAGAGGGUGCGCCUGGCGGGCUGGAGGGUCGGUUGCACAGUGUGGAGGAGAACCUGCUCUCCAACCAGGAGAAGAUCAAAGUGCUCCUCAACGUUAUCCAAGACCUGGAGAAGAGCAAGGCCCUCAGUGAAGGGUGA